UUUCCACACCUGCAAAACGGAGUCACAGAAACGCUCUUUCAGGGUGGCUAGGGGUUCUGGGCGGUGUCGCCCGGUGGCGGAGUGUUCCCGGGGUGAAGCCGCAGGGUUCUCGGGUGGGGGCGGGGAGGGCUAAAUCCGGCCGGCCGGUGAGUGGCGGGAGCAGCUGCCGCCCCGCCCGCGCCCUCCCGGGUCCCACAGUCUGGGCAGCUGCCCAGCUUGGGCCGGUCUGACCGGUUUGGGCCGCCCCGCCUGGCGCUGUGCUGGGAGGAGCCGCCGCCAGUCGCGCGGUCAGUGCCUCCCUCCAGACUCGGGAGGGCCGAGGGGGCGCGGGACAGAGCGCGGGCGGCCGCCGGGGCUGGUCGCCUGCAGGGAUGGGGGACGAGCGGCCCCACUACUACGGGAAACACGGAACGCCGCAGAAGUAUGAUCCCACUUUCAAAGGACCUAUUUACAAUAGGGGCUGCACGGACGUCAUAUGCUGUGUAUUCCUGCUCCUGGCCAUUGUGGGCUACGUGGCUGUGGGCAUUAUAGCCUGGACUCAUGGAGACCCUCGAAAGGUGAUCUACCCUACUGAUAGCCGGGGCGAGUUCUGUGGGCAGAAGGGCACAAAAAACGAGAACAAACCCUACUUGUUUUAUUUCAACAUUGUGAAAUGUGCCAGCCCCCUGGUUCUGCUGGAAUUCCAAUGUCCCACUCCUCAGAUCUGCGUGGAAAAAUGCCCCGACCGCUACCUCACGUACCUGAAUGCUCGCAGCUCCCGGGACUUUGAGUACUAUAAGCAGUUCUGUGUUCCUGGCUUCAAGGACAAUAAAGGAGUGGCUGAGGUGCUUCGAGAUGGUGACUGCCCUGCUGUCCUCAUCCCCAGCAAACCCUUGGCCCGGAGAUGCUUCCCCGCCAUCCACGCCCACAAGGGUGUCCUGAUGGUGGGCAAUGAGACGACUUAUGAGGAUGGGCAUGGCUCCCGGAAAAACAUCACGGACCUGGUGGAGGGCGCUAAGAAAGCCAAUGGAGUCCUAGAGGCGCGGCAACUCGCCAUGCGCAUAUUUGAAGAUUACACCGUCUCUUGGUAUUGGAUUAUCAUAGGUCUGGUCAUUGCUAUGGCAAUGAGCCUCCUAUUCAUCAUCCUGCUCCGCUUCCUGGCUGGCAUUAUGGUCUGGGUGAUGAUCAUUAUGGUGAUUCUGGUGCUGGGCUACGGAAUCUUUCACUGCUACAUGGAGUACUCCCGACUGCGUGGUGAGGCUGGCUCUGAUGUCUCUUUGGUGGACCUCGGCUUUCAGACGGAUUUCCGGGUGUACCUGCACUUACGGCAGACCUGGUUGGCCUUUAUGAUCAUUCUGAGUAUCCUUGAAGUCAUUAUCAUCUUGCUGCUCAUCUUUCUCCGGAAGAGAAUUCUCAUCGCGAUUGCACUCAUCAAAGAAGCCAGCAGGGCUGUGGGAUAUGUCAUGUGCUCCUUGCUCUACCCACUGGUCACCUUCUUCUUGCUGUGCCUCUGCAUCGCCUACUGGGCCAGCACUGCUGUCUUCCUGUCCACUUCCAAUGAAGCGGUCUAUAAGAUCUUUGAUGAUAGCUCCUGCUCACUUACUGCGAAAACCUGCAACCCAGAGACCUUCCCCUCCUCCAAUGAGUCCCGCCUAUGCCCCAAUGCCCGUUGCCAGUUCGCCUUCUACGGUGGUGAGUCGGGCUACCACCGGGCCCUGCUGGGCCUGCAGAUCUUCAAUGCCUUCAUGUUCUUCUGGUUGGCCAACUUCGUGCUGGCUCUGGGCCAGGUCACACUGGCCGGGGCCUUUGCCUCCUACUACUGGGCCCUGCGCAAGCCGGACGACCUGCCGGCCUUCCCGCUCUUCUCUGCCUUUGGCCGGGCGCUCAGGUACCACACGGGCUCCCUGGCCUUUGGCGCGCUCAUCCUGGCCAUUGUGCAGAUCAUUCGUGUGAUACUCGAGUACCUGGAUCAGCGGCUGAAAGCCGCAGAGAACAAGUUUGCCAAGUGCCUCAUGACCUGUCUCAAAUGCUGCUUCUGGUGCCUGGAGAAGUUCAUCAAAUUCCUCAAUAGGAAUGCCUACAUCAUGAUUGCCAUCUACGGCACCAAUUUCUGCACCUCGGCCAGGAAUGCCUUCUUCCUGCUCAUGAGAAACAUCAUCAGAGUGGCUGUCCUGGACAAAGUUACCGACUUCCUCUUCCUGUUGGGCAAACUUUUGAUCGUAGGCAGUGUGGGUAUCCUGGCUUUCUUCUUCUUCACCCACCGUAUCAGGAUCGUGCAGGAUACAGCACCACCCCUCAAUUAUUACUGGGUUCCUAUACUGACGGUGAUCGUUGGCUCCUACCUGAUUGCACAUGGUUUCUUCAGCGUCUAUGGCAUGUGUGUGGACACACUGUUCCUCUGCUUCUGUGAGGACCUGGAAAGGAAUGACGGCUCUCAGGAGCGACCCUACUUCAUGUCGCCCGAGCUGAGAGACAUCCUGUUGAAGGGGAGUGCGGAGGAGGGGAAGCGGGCGGAAGCCGAGGAGUAGAGAUGGAGGACCUGGAGAGGAAUGACGGCUCGGCCGAGAGGCCUUACUUCAUGUCUUCCACCCUCAAGAAACUCUUGAACAAGACCAACAAGAAGGCAGCGGAGUCCUGAAGGCCCCGCGCUCCUCACCUCUCAAGGAGCCUCACGCCGCAGGGUGCUCAGUAGCUGGGUCUGUUCCCCCAGCCCCUUGGGCUCACCCGAAGUCCUAUCACUGCCGCUCUGCCCCCUCCCCAUGAGCCAGAUCCCACCAGUUUCUGGACCUGGAGAGUCCGGGGUAUCUCCUUCUUAUGCCAAGGGGCGCUUGGAGUUUUCAUGGUUGCCCCUCAAGACUACGAGAAAUGAGUAAAAACCCAGUGGGGCCUCUUGCUGUCUGGGACGGCAUGUGGCCCGACCUCCGCGAGCUCCCUCAUGCUUCCUGCCCAACCGUUUACACGACAACGGGCCAGACCACAGGAAGGAUGGUGUUUGUGUCUGAGGGAGCUGCUGGCCGCAGUGAACACCCACGUUUAUUCCUGCCUGCUCUGGCCAGGACUGAACCCCUUCUCCAUACCUGAACAGUUGGCUCCAGGGCCACCAGAAGCAUUUCUUUAUUAUUAUUAUUUUUUAACCUGGACAUGCAUUAAAGGGUCUAUUAGCUUUUUUUCCAUCUGUCUCAACAGCUGAGAUGGGGCCGCCAAGGAGUGCCUUCCUUUUGCUCCCUCCUAGCUGGGAGUGACUGGGGUGGGGGUGUGUGUGCCCAGGUGGGGGUAUCUCCUGGCUGGGAAGGAGGGAGCGGGAGGGAGACUUUUGCUUGCAGGGGUUGGCAGUGGAGAGCGGGCUGGAGAGGAGAUCGCUAAUAGCUGUUUAAUGGAAACCUGCUGGGCUGGAGGGAGUUAGGCUGAAUUUCCCGACUUCCUCUGCCAGUUAUUGACACAGCUCUCUUUGUAAGAGAGGAAAGAAACUGAACCCACCCAAGGGAUGAUUUCAGGGGGAGAGGUGGAGGGCAGAUGCCCUGGGCAAACCCGGCCCCUCUGCCCACACACCUCACUUGAUGAUCCUUUUGCCAAACUUGUCGAACUCAGGGGACCUGGCUUCCCGGUUGCCCCUCUGCCAUAUUCCAAGGCCCCCCUCAGACUUAACGUCUCUGCUCAUCAGCAUCGUCCCAGGAUCCUGGAGAGGGAGAACCCCCGACCCCAGGGGAAAGAAGGGGGGGUCUCCCCUUUCCUGUGUCUGCGCCAGCCCUGCCCCCAUUGCGUCUGCACACCCCUGCGUGUAACUGCAUUCCAACCACUAAUAAAGUGCCUAUUGUACA